AGAGAUUAGGCAUGGACUAUACUCUGGAGGCCACCCGGCGGAAAGAGAAACUUCUGAAGACUGUUUACACGCUCCAAGUGAAAUCAGACACUACACUCCAGAAGGCAAGCCCACUUCUGAGCAACCAUCAUGGGAUGGGCAUGGUGACAGAACAUCAAGUCCACCAGCUGGCUGAGAAGGCCAAAGUCAUCUGCCAUGACCUAGACAACAUCAGAAACCACCUCCACUACCGACAAAAUGACCUGGUUCAGCAGAUCCCCAACCCCAAUGGCUGCCGCUAUGGCGGACCAAGCGGAAUCCAUUGCUCGCUGGAUGGCUCUAUCUAUGUGACUAGUGAGAAUGCACCCUGGGUCCACAUCCUCACUCUCUCGGGUCAGACUUUGCAGUCCUUGCCAUGUGUGGUACAGGAAAGGAAAAGUGAAUCCUUUUUGCCAGAAGAUGUGACUGUGACUCGGGCAGGGAUGGUGGCUGUAACCGACAUGAUGAAUGGAAUCAUCCACAUCUUCAACCAUCACUCCAAAUUCUCCAAAGGGGAGUGGAUCAAAAUCGGGAAGGUUGAUUCUCCCAGGGGUAUUGGAGUGGACUCCACAGGAAGGAUCCUGGUAGCAGACUACACUCAGGGCAAAGUCCACAGUUUUGCUCUGGACCACACCUUCAAGAUACAGAGUACCCACUCUGUUUCCAACCUGCGUGGACCCCGCUAUGUCUGCUUGGCACGUGAUGGUGGGUUCAUUGUGAGCGAGGAAUGUGGUGACGUCAAGCUCUUCAAUAGCAGCCAUAAGCUGGUGGGCUCCCUUGGCUGCAGAUACGGGCACCGGUUUGGCAACCCAGCUGGGGUCUGUGCCGACGUAGAAGGCAACAUCAUUGUGGCAGAUGAACAGCACCGAGCAGUCCACCUGUUCCCCAAGAGCGGGUCUCCCAUCUGCCUGGUGUCUAAGGGGCUGCGGAAGCCUGCAGGAGUGGCUUGUUCCAACUCUGGGCUGCUUUUAGUAGCAGACUCUGGGGAUAAUUGUGUCAACGUCUUUAAAUACCGUGUGAGGCCCCCCUAUAGUCCCGAUAAUCCUUGGGCGGCCAGUAACAGUCCAAACCCAACUCCUAGAUAGGGCUCAAGAGUUCUGCAUUGAAACCAUUUAUUUCAGUUACUUAGGGAACCCAGUGCCCCGUGUGAUUGCCUUACAGUGACAUCUGCUGGCGGAGACAAGAACUGGGACCCCAGAAUUCUACCUGAGUUAUUUGGAUUGGGUCACCUCCACUACAGUAGCUUAAGAUGUGUCAUGAUUACUUAGAAUUCCCUCUCAUCCCUCCUGCACGUAAAUGCUAUUCCGUUCCAGAUGCUAGUAUAGCUACCUGUCAUGAACACAUACCAAUCUCAAACUGACUGGGUCUUCACAUUUAUGGCAUCAAGGAAGAUGGUGUGAAUUGAGAAUCAAGUCUAGGUCAGAAACAGGGUAGCAUUGUUCAUUGUGUGUAGUUCACAAUAGCCGUCAUCAGGAUGGAGUUAAACAUUAAAGAUAACUGAUUAUUUGU